UCGCGACGAGCCGUCUUCAGCGUGACACAAAGAUCAUUAAACUGGAGCGCUAAUCUAGCGACAAGCCUGGAUCUUGUUGUAAUGGCAGGAGCAGAAGGAGCAGGUGUCGACCUCAGCAGGAAGUUUGUGUCUGAAGCAGAGCUUGAUGAGAGGAGGAAAAAGAGACAGGAGGAAUGGGAGAAAAUCAGAAAACCUGACGACCCAGAGGAGGUCCCAGAGGAGGAGUAUGACCCACGCUCCCUCUUUGAGCGGCUGCAGGAACAGAAAGACAAGAAACAAGAAGAAUAUGAGGAGCAGUUUAAAUUCAAGAACAUGGUGAGGGGAUUGGACGAGGAUGAGAGCAGUUUCUUGGACGAGGUCUCCCGGCAACAGUGUCUGGUGGAGAAACAACGCAGGGACGAGGAGAAAAAGGAGCUGUUGGAAUACAGAAGCGCUCUAGUGAAGCAAGCAUCUGCAGAGAGCCGCAGAGAGCCUGAAAAGAAGGUGGCACCUAAAGGGGUGGAGCACAGGACCAGCCACCUGUCACAGGCCCAUUUAUUAGUUGGAGCUGUAAAGAGACGCAAUUCCUCACAAUCAGACAGCAGUAAGAAACAGAAAGUGGAAAUCACGACAACAACAGCAACGACAGGAAAUGGAGAAAAACACACAGAAGAGGGGGGCGGAGCAGGAGCCAAAGAUCAACAGACAGUCCCUGGCGUCACUGCAAAGCCGCCCUCAGCCGCCUUGAGCUCCGGCCAAGGCAUGCUACACUUGCCGUCAGCGGCCGUGUGUGUCGGUGUUUUACCAGGACUCUGCGUUUAUUCUGGCAGCAGCGACUCUGACAGCAGCUCGGACAGCGAAGGUAGCGUGGACGCAAUUAUGUCGCCGUACCCACGGCACAACAGGGCCUACAGAUAGACACACAGCAGCAUCCACACACAAACUGACGCAUGUUGGCAGCAAUUAGAAAAGGUGUCCUCACAUAACACAUGCACACACAAACUGAUUAAAGUCAUUUAUAGAGGCGUAUCUGCAGGUAACAGGAGUUAUUGUCAAGUAAGUCGUACACCUGCAACACACAGCAAGCAAACAUUUUAUGAAUUCCUGUUGUUUUCACAGCUGUGAGUUUAACUGUUGCUCUUCGUCAUCAAAGUUCAGCCCAGUGAUACAACCCUAAUAAACCAACUUUAAACUCUAUUAUGAGCUAAAUCUGUGUAUCUAUUUGUGUUGUUUUGCAAUUGUGGCACCCAAACAUGACGCCUCCACCCUUCCUUCCCUCAAUUGCAUGUCACGCAGUUUAAGCCGAGCAACCAAUCCCGCACUGCCUACCCUGAUGACAUCCUGCCCCCCCACACUCCCUUCCCAACCCAAGCCACAACGGCUGCAAGCUGUGCUAUUGGCUGAGGGAACAGUGAUUGACAGCUGUGGAGCAAGGAAGAGACUGCUUUAGACUGUCACAUGACUCACACCUUUUAGCUAUCUGCAGCAGAGGAGUGAGAGCAGGACUGCGUUUGGGUUGAAUGCUGAGUCUGUUUGGAUUGAAAAAUUCUGUUUUUAUUUGUGUGAAGUAAUGUAUGUUUGUUUAAAAGUUGCGUUAUUCUGGGAAGAUGCUGGACUGUUUAUUGCUGUCUCAGACUUUGGGGCGUCUGAGAAGAAAUAAAUAAAGAGAUUUCCCUGUG